UGUCAUUGGCUGGCCCGGCUGAAGAAAAAGAUUUAUAAAAGGAGAAUAAUUUGUGUCUGAGGAACAUCCUUGACUGAGCUGGAAGCAUCAGAGAAGCAGCAUCAUGUACUUUGCUUUGGCUGUACCCUGUGCCUUUCUGCUGAUCCACACUGUCCUUCAUCCUGUGCUGGGAUGGCCAUCUCUUAAAAACGAUGCCACAGAGAUCAUUCCAGGAAACAUCGAAAAUACAGAGGUUGUCGUAGAAGCGACCAUCACCAGCGACAACUACACGCUGAACCAAGCUAAACAUGGGGGCAGGUACCUGCACCAAUCCACAGACCCAACAGAUCCCUCAGAAUUUAGCUGCAGAGAGCUUCGUUCUACUCAGCACAUCACAGAUGGGCCGUGUCGCAGCCUCAAACCUGUGAAAGAGCUGGUUUGUUCAGGCCAAUGUUUGCCAUCACAUCUCCUUCCAAAUUCCAUUGGCAGAGGAAAAUGGUGGCGCCAGAGCUCAAUGGAUUACCGUUGCGUGCCAGCUCACAGUCACACCCAACGCAUACAACUCAUGUGUCCCGACAAUGAAGUGCGAACAUACAAAAUUCGAGUGGUGACCUCAUGCCGAUGCAAAAGAUACACCCGCUUCCAUAACCAAUCACAGCUAAAAGAUUUUGGAAAGGACAUAGUGAAGCCUGCAAAGAGCAAGAAACCUCGGCUUGCGAGGCUGAGGGGCAAAUCAAACCAGCAUGAACUGGAAAAUGCAUAUUAAUCACCCAAUGCUAAGACAGAGGCUAUUUAUAUGUUGUGCAAGGAUGAGGUGACUGUGUUGAUUUACUCAGCACAUGCAGAUUAAGUCUGAGGAGUUGCUUAAGGAAUUUAAGAUUAAGGCUGACGUACAGUAUUAUCUACAGAUUAAGAUGAACAGGCCACUUAGCAUCCUUUAAAAAGAGCGACUGGAGUAGAGAAGAGAAUAUACUCCGUAUAUUAUUUUGUAAUAACGCAUAUUAUAUUCCAGAGCAUUCAGUCACUUCUUGUGCAUAAUGGCAGCCUGCUCAUACAGAUGGCGCCCACACAGAAGUAGAAGGAAAGAGGUUGAGAGACUACUGCAAAAAUUUACAAUAUGAAAUCAUUUACAUUUGGAGAUUGCAUGAAGUGAAAUGGACUUUGAAACUAACAGCUUGUAUAUAGUAAGUUCGCUCAACACUACUUGUAUAUAUGUCAUAUAUAAAAGUGUAUAUAGUGCAUAUUCUAUAUAAGAGCAAGUGUUCCCACAAAUGAUAAAUAUACUGUAUAAAAAUUUUAUUCAUUCUUCAUUUACAAAGCUUCCAACAUAAGCUCCCUGUUCCAUUAUCUCUGUUCUUACCUCAAGGAACCUCCUGUGAGAGUAGAAUAUAGGACCUUUACUCUCCAACCGCAGAUCGUAGAACUCUCCCUACAUGAGUUCGGCUACAUGGAUUGCAGUGUAGUGGUGCUAGCAAUGACUGGGAUUGCAGCGAGACACGUUUGCAGUCACUAUGACCCCAGAUUU